GUGGCUUUGUUACUUUUAGUAUACUCUGUCUCUUAUAAGUUACUGCAUACAAGGUGUUGUGUCUGGCCCAGCAAUUACCCCGUCGCCAGCUUUUGCCUCGCCUCGCAUAAGCUUUCGGCAUCAGGAGCCGACCCAGCACUCCAGUCGUUUUAUCGUUCGCAGCGGGCAAAUGGCGACCGCAGCUACGGAGACGGAGGAGAUCCCCGAGAUCCAAACCGAGGAACACAAGCUGCCGCCACACCCCUCCGCUCCCCAGCAGAAGUUCCGAAAGGACUACGCCCCCCCGCCGUACACCAUCUCCGCCGUACACCUAGAUUUCAAGCUGGGCGAGGACACCACGCUGGUGACCUCGCGCCUGCACCUGCAGCCCAACUAUGGCAGCCUGCCGGAGGGCACCUCCCGCCCCGCUCUACAGCUGGACGGUCGCAAGGACAUUGUGCUGGUGAGCGUGGCGGUGGGCGGGCAGCAGCUGGGGCAGGAUCAGUACCUGCUGACGGAGAAGGCGCUCACCAUCGCCAACCUGCCGGAGGGCGAGUUCGAGCUGGAGGUGGUGACGCAGCUGCGCCCCCAGGACAACUCGCUGCUGGAGGGGCUGUACAAGUCGUCGGGGAACUUCUGCACGCAGUGCGAGGCGGAGGGCUUCCGAGGUAUUACCUACUUCCUGGACCGACCCGAUGUCAUGGCAACGUACACCACCCGUAUGGAGGCGGACGAGGCGGCCUACCCGGUGCUGCUGGGUAAUGGCAACCUCAAGGAGAGCGGCAAGCUGGAGGGGGGGAGGCACUACGCUGUGUGGGAGGACCCCUACCCCAAGCCCUGCUACCUCUUCGCGCUGGUGGCAGGCAAGCUGGCCAUGAAGGAGCGGGCCUUCACCACUCGCAGCGGGCGGCAGGUGGCGCUGCGCAUAUUCGUGCAGGAGGGCAACCUCGGCAAGGUCGACCAUGCGCUGGACUCGCUGGUGCGGUCCAUGCGGUGGGACGAGGACACCUUCGGUCUGGAGUACGACCUGGACCUCUUCAACAUCGUGGCGGUGGACGACUUCAACAUGGGGGCCAUGGAGAACAAGAGCCUCAACAUAUUCAACAGCAGGCUGGUCCUCGCCUCCCCCCAGACCGCCACCGACCUGGACUACAGUCGCAUCGAAGGGGUGGUGGGGCACGAGUACUUCCAUAACUGGACGGGUAACCGGGUGACCUGCCGCGACUGGUUCCAGCUGACCCUCAAGGAGGGGCUCACGGUGUUUCGGGACCAGGAGUUCACUGCCGACAUGAACAGCCGCCCCGUGAAGCGCAUCGAGGACGUCAUGAUGCUGCGCAGCUCGCAGUUCACUGAGGACGCGGGCCCCAUGUCUCACCCCAUCCGCCCCGAGUCCUACAUCAAGAUGGACAACUUUUACACGGUCACGGUGUACGAGAAGGGGGCGGAGGUGGUACGACUGUACGACACGCUGCUGGGCAAGGAGGGGUUUCGGAAGGGCAUGGACCUCUACUUCCAGCGCCACGACGGACAUGCGGUCACCUGCGAUGACUUCCUGGCAGCCAUGGCGGAUGCGAACGGGGUCAACCUGGAUACGCUGGGCAGGUGGUACUCCCAGUCCGGCACCCCGCACCUGCACGUCUCCUCCUCCUACGACGCGCCCUCCCGCACCUACCGCCUCACGUGCAAGCAGCACACGCCGCCGGGUCCGGGGCAGGACUCCAAGCUGCCGGUGCUCAUCCCCAUCAAGCUGGGGCUGCUGGGGCCCGAUGGCGGGUUGGGUUCGGACAUGCCGCUGCGGCUGCAGGGCGCGGAUGGCAGCGUGACGGACCUGGGCAGCACGGGCGUGUUGCGUUUCGAGACCACCGAGGCCACCUUCACCUUCCUGGACGUCCCCUCCGAGCCCGUCCCCUCGCUGCUGCGCGGCUUCUCCGCGCCCGUCAAGAUGGAGGUGGAGGGGCAGUCGGAGGCGCAGCUGCUGUUCCUGCUGGCUCAUGACAGCGACCCAUUCAACAGGUGGGAGGCGGGUCAGCGGCUGUCCCGCAAACUGCUGCUGCAGCUCUACGCGGCGGCGACAGCGGGCGGGGGAGCACACAACGCACAGGCGGUUGCUGACCGUUGUACGGCAGCGGGCGGGGUACCCGAUGCCGUUGUGGAGGCCUUCCGUGCCGUACUGGAGGAUGAGACCCUGGACGGCAGCUUCAAGGCCAUGGCCGUGUGCCUGCCCACUGGCAACGAGCUGCUGGACUCCCUGCCCGGCGGCGACCCCCCGCUGCUUCACCAAGUGCGCAUGUUCGUGGUACGGCAGCUGGCGGCCCGACUGCGGCCGCAGCUGGAGGCGCUGGUGAAGGCGAAUGAUGACGAGCCGGGGGAGCCAUACCAUUUCACGGCUGCCGCCUGCGCCCGUCGCGCCAUCAAGAACCGCUGCCUCGCCAUGUUGAGCAGUCUGGAGGAGCCGGAGAUCACCGCCAUGCUGCUGCGGAGGGUCAAGGAGGCCACCAACAUGACGGACGAGAUCGCGGCGCUGGGCUGUCUGGUGGAGCUGGCGGGUCCGGAGCGCGACACCGCGCUGGCCGCCUUCUACGACAAGUACCGGAGCGAGCCGCUGGUGCUGCUCAAGUGGCUUGGGCUGCAGGCCACCUCCAACGCCCCCGGCAACGUGUCGCUGGUCAAGGGCCUGGUGGAACACCCCGCAUUCAACAUCACCAACCCCAACAACUGCUACUCGCUGUUCCUGGGCUUUGGCCGCUCGCCCGUCAACUUCCAUGCGGCGGAUGGCAGCGGUUACGAGUUCAUGGGAGAUGCCGUACUGCGGGUGGAUUCGAUCAACCACCAGGUCGCGGCCCGCAUGGUGUCGUGUUUCACCACGUGGCGCCAGUACGACAGCGAGCGGCAGGCCAUGAUGCGGGCUCAGCUGGAGCGGAUUGUGGCGGCCAACGGGCUGAGUGAGAACGUGUUUGAGAUCGCAUCCAAGUCGCUCAAGUAAAGAGAGGGUGGUGGACUUGUGGUGUAGGGUGACUGGGUGUGUGUUUAAGAAGACUGGCCGCGAGUAGGAACGUACUGGACGGUCGAAAGAUGAUGAUGGUGAUGAUGGGUGUGGGGUUAGGGCAGAGGGUGAGUGUGUGGGGUUUGGGGGUUUGGUGUGGAUUACGGGUUGGGUGUGAAUGGAUGGAGGGGGUGCAGCAAGGAUGUCCGGCUGUUGAAGGAUGUGUUGAUUACGGUAACGUGUGGCGGCGCUUGCGUGCCGUGGGGUCUGGCGCGUUGUUUUGGGUGUUUGCUGCAGUUGGGAGCGUAAAGCAGCCGUUAGUAAGGAGUGAGUGCGAGGCGCGCUAGGAUUUCCUCGUUUCAAACUUGCACACACGACAGGUGUGCUCACAGAACGGAAGCGGGAGAGAGGAUAUGAAAGAGAGGGACAAGAAGAGAAGUCCAGGGGAUGGGGGUGUACGAUGCACCCAUGCCCGCCUUUUGUUUACAAAUUAGGCGACGUAUGUGUAAAGAAGCAUUGGCACUGCCCUACUGGUAGUUGGCCUGGGCGUGCGAAAGUGGGGGCUACGGACUUGUAAGUGAGCGCCGUGUAGUGGGUACGAUGUUGGCUUUUGCGGUUUUGCCUGCCUCGAUCAACAAGGCCCAUCGAGUGCUGAGGGAAUCCUGCCAGCCACAGCUUCGCGUACAAGGCACCAAAACUGCCGAUAAAGAAAGCCUGCAAGCGUGAAGCAUAGGCUGGAGUGCGCAACAAACACAUGGCUGAAGCGUCUUGCUGGUCGGGCGGGUGUAGAUGGGGCAGGCAGGGGUACCAGGCAGGUAAGGCAAACGGCACAUCUCGGGUGUCGGUGUUAGGAAGUGCGACCGCUAUCUAGCUUGCAUGAUUCUCCAUGGGAGGAGCCAGCUGCGGCGGGAUGAAUGGUCCUGCCGUGCCAGUGUACACGACGAGGCAGUUGCCUGCAUGCAUUUACUCGCAGUUGGACGAUGCGAUUAGGGAGGGUGAGGGCUGCCCAGGGCUAGAAGGGUUCCGUCGGAGUGUUUAGGAGGUUGAGG